AAGCAGAGAACAAAAUAACAAAUGACUGAAGUCGACGUCGUUUUGCCGGAGGGCGUUGUCGAGCCCACAACCAAAAUACUUGCCAAGGGGGCAGCCAACGACGACGACGACGACAACAACAGCAGAAGCAGCAGCACAUCUGAGACUCAAAAUGAGCAGAAGACAAACUCCAAACCAGAUCUGGAGACGGACCAGCAGAUAAUGCUCGUAAAGGACACAGAAGGAGAUUCAGUUAAAGUAACAAAGCUGCCGCUCGACAGCAAUAGCAACAGCAACAGCAAUGAUGAUAGCAAGCCAAAUCCAAAUGCAGCGACAGAGUCCAUGGAUGUGGAUGACACUGAGGAGGGUGACUCACAAAUAACUAGCUCCAGUUCCACAGAGAAUGGUAAUGGCAAUGGGAAAGAGUCAAAACAGAAUGCAGAUGAUGAUGAAGAGGACGAAGAGGAGGAGGAGGAAGUGACCACCAAUGGUGAUCAUGAAGAUGUUGAGGAUGAAAAAAUAGGCAGCACUGCUGAAAACAGUUGCGAUGCAGAAGAUCCGCUGGGUGCAGCAACACAGCUACCAGCAGAUCAAGAGGAAGAUGCACUAAUGGAAGAGAAGAAGAGUGUGGGAAAUGCAGAUGAACUAGAUGAAGUGGAUGACGAGGAGGGCAGCCAGCAAAGUGGCACAGCCAAAACGGUGACCGACUCGGAAGCCGAUGGAGAUGCAAUGCAUACCGAGGAGGAGGAAGUUCAAGAGAAGGAGAAGAAUCAGACGCCAAUGAAUGGCUUCACACAAAGCCCAAAGGCUAAAGAAUCUGCUGCUGUGCUAGCUGUCAAACCCAAUGGACAGGCAACAGCAGCCGAAGCAACGAAAAGCAAUGACAACAAUGAUGGUGAAGAUGCAGGGGCCGUGGUUAAUCUGGACGAGGACAGCGAUGAGGAUAUGUCAGAUUUGACGGAGCAGAAACAAGAGCCAACAACCGUGGCUGCUCUCAAGCCAAACGCAACUCCUAACAAACCAAAAGCCAUGCCCGCAGCCGUUGCGUCAAGCAACGCUGAUUCUUCAGAUGAUGCAGUGCUUAUUCCCUCCGAUUCAGAGUCGGAAACGGGGCAAACGGCAGCAAUGCCGCUGACACCGCAAAGCAAAAAGUUGCCACCAGUUGCGAAGGCAACGCCGCCGCCACUACCACAACCCCAACCACAACCUGCACCACCAGCAACAGCCGAUCAGGACGACGAUGAUGACGACGACUGUGUGGUAAUUGAGGAUGAUACGCCGCCAAGUAUUUCGCCCAGCGACCAGGCGCUAAACAAGCGCAAAAGCGAUAUGGAUGACCUGCAUCCGAAUAGCAAACGACAGCGCAGUUCAACUCCAUCAGGAAUGGGAGCGGGUGUCGGCAUUGGUCUGGGCCAGUUGACCAUAAAGGAUGCACGCACUCUAAUGCCGCAUGAGGCGGGGCCAACUAUUGCAGGCGUUGGUGGUGCUGUCUAUCCGGUGACCAUAACGAACGCCGUAACUGGAGUUGCCACAAAUCUGGGCAAUACGCCACCUAAGCUGGUGCCAAUGGCCGGCAUGGUAGGAGCUGGAGUGGGCAACACAGUUCAGCUGACACCGUCCACACUAUCGUUGACCGCUGCCGGAUUGCCCAGCAUGACGAACAAUGCGAAUCUGUUGCCAGGUCUAACGGACGACAUGUUCGUGCUUGAGGCGCCAUCGUUUAUUGUGCCCUACAUCUAUGAGAAGCCUCCCAAUGAUAAUAUACGCGAGGUCAUCCGGGCCAUUGAGACAAAGUAUGCGCUCUCUGCCGAAGACUUAGCUGUGGCGGACAAAGUGGAUGAGUUCGAUAUGAUGACCGAGCAGAACAAAGAGGAUAAAUCGAAUGCAGAUGGAACGACGACAACGAAUGCACCUGCAGGUAAAAAGAAACGGAAGAACGGCGACGAUGAAUCGUGGUCGGAGCAAUCUGACGAAGAUGACGACGACGAUGAUGACGAUGACUCCGAGUCAGGGGUACGCACCAAGGUGUUAAUCAAGGAGGCCAACGAUGAUCUCUCCGCCCUAAAGAGCGCCAUCAAACCCGCCGCUGCAGUCGCCGCUUCCGGCGGUCUCGCAUCCAAUGUACCCGCAAAACCCGGCCAGGAGAACUACUUUGAGAGUCCGUUGGGUAAAUUCUUUAUGGACAUUGGCGUUGGCCUGGUGCAGGAAUAUGUGCAGUCGGAUCUGUUGCGAUUGCAAAAGCGUAAAAUGCGUAAGUCUCUAUCACGAGAUCCUAAGGACUUUGAGAUGGCAAUCAAUGCGUUGAGCGGCAAUCUGCAGGCGUCGAAGACGAAAAAUGCCCCCUUCAAGUUCACAAUGAAGCGCUGCGAAUUCUGUAAUUUCAAAUCCGAAUCCGCGCUUUCCAUGGCGAAUCAUUACGAGACGCCGCAUAUGAAUGGCGUACUAUAUAAGUGCAACUUUUGUACAUUUGAGAUUCGAAAUGCCACUGAGAUCGUUUAUCACAUGGAAGCCGUGCACAAUAUCAAGGCGCGUCUGAUUAAGCCGCUGCCGUAUCACACGUGUCCCAACUGCGGCUUCGAGGAUAACGGCAAGGCGAAGCUGGCACGCCAUCAGCCGGUUUGCGCCAAGAAGUUCCGGCCGGAAUUGAAUCUGGCGCCGCCCAACGACUGGGAAGCGCCUGCUAAGAUACCACGCAUCAAGCCGCGGCAUGGACUGGUUGGCACAGCUACCGCCUAUCAGGCCAUGGCUGCGCAGGCAGCGGCGCAAAAGGCAGCGCUGGCAACCAUACAACAACAACAGGCAGCCGUACAGGCACGCAAUUUACAGGCCGCAGCGUUGGCUGCACAAAAUGCGGCCAAGAUGCGACAGCGUGCACCACAACUGCCCAAGGCUAUGCCCAAUGCCAACAAUAUGGUCAGAAGUCCUGCGCCUGUUCGCGGUGCCAUUGGCGCUGCCAAUGCGGCACUCUCGCUGCCCAACAGCUAUCAAUUGGCAGCCGGACAGCUUGUGCAGCAAGCGUCGAAGAAGCCUAUUGCGGGUCAGCCGAGCAUCUCAAUAACGCCACUACCUCGACAAACUGCAGCUGGCAGCAAUGCGGCCGCUGCUUCGUCCAGCAAGGCGCCAGCGACAGCGGCGGCGGCUGGCAUGAAGCCCGGCCAGAGUCCCAGCGGCGGCAACAACAAGGCACAGUUUGUCAUCUGCGAGAUAUGCGAUGGCUAUAUCAAAGAUCUGGAACAACUGCGCAAUCACAUGCAGUGGAUGCAUAAAGUGAAGAUACAUCCCAAGAUGAUCUACAAUCGUCCACCGUUGAAUUGUCAGAAGUGUCAGUUCCGUUUCUUUACGGAUCAGGGUCUGGAAAGACAUUUGCUGGGCUCGCAUGGCUUAGUAACAAGCUCUAUGCAGGAGGCGGCUAACAAGGGCAAGGAUGCUGGCCGUUGUCCUGUCUGUGGCAGGAUGUACCAAUGGAAGCUACUGAAUCACGUAUCGCGCGAUCAUCAUAUGACCCUGAAACCUGCACAUUUAUCGUACAAGUGCACCGUCUGCACGGCUACCUUUGGCAUGUACAAACAGUUUGAAACGCAUGUGUAUACGGCGCAUAGCACUGUGGCUCGAAAGGCAAUGGACAGCAAGAAAAAUAGCGCACAGUCCAGCAGUGGUAGCAGUGGUGGUGCUGGUGGUGCUGGCGGCAUGGCGCGCAAUGCGCUAGGAGCCGCCAAUGAAUCAUUGCUAAAACCGCUGAAGAUCAACGAUGAGAUCACCAUCAUACCACAGCCUGCAUCGAAGCCACGAAUCACAAAUAUGGAGAGUCAUGUUAUAGAUUAAACGGCGCAUUGGAUUAACCAAAAAGAAAGGAAAAAA